AUGCGAUUUGCUCUCACCGAUCCAGCCUGUGUUUUAGAAAAGAACGGAAACUAUCACACCAUCAGCACGCAUUUAUCCGGCUGCGGCAAUGACAUCUUCAUCGAUUCUUCCACGCUGACGAUUGUAAACCAAAUAACGAAUAUAAUGGGCUUCGGAACUUCGCCAAUCAAACUUACUUCCCGCGUUGGAUGCCUCUUUCAUCAACAAGAAAUUUCCAUCGGCGCAAUUCUCAAAGAGCACAUUCCGCCCGAAAUCGUGCCCGGAGUCGGAGAAGAAAUAACCACAACAACUGAAUUGUUCACAACAUCGACAACAGCUGGAUUUUCCUCAUCAACAACUGCGUCGUCAACGUUAACGUCAACAGCUUCUUACCAGGUAACUCUCAAAGAACGUUCAGGGACUGGUGAUGAUGAUGAAGAAUCAACGACUUCAAAAUCAACUGAAACAACUACAACAGGAUCCGGUCUGAUUGACCCGCGACGAGGCAAUUUUACAAGGCGACCUGAGGUUGACGAUGACGAUGAUGAUGGUGAUGCUAAGCCAAAGAAAGAGAAGGAAACUGAAAAGGAGGAAACUGAGAAGAAAGAACCAACACAAACAACCCCAGAUUCUUCAACAGAUGAGUACGAAGAAACGACGACAACUUUUGCAUUCACAACAACUCAAGGAACCACUGUUUCCGAAAUUCAAACAGAAAUUUAUGCGACUGGAACUGUCCCACUAACAGUUGAUGUUGAUAUUUUGACGACUGUCAACGUUGACAUCAUUUCAACCACAGCACAAACUACUGAGGAACCAGAUGAAACUGGAAAACCUUUGUUUCCUGGAUUGAUCGAUCAAAGAGGUGGAGGACAGGAAUUGCCAAUGCCAGAAAAGCCAUGCAAAGGAAGAAAAUGCAAGAAUAAAACGCGUCCAACCAAAAAGCCACGAAAAACUCGCCCAACAAAAGCCCCGAAAACAACAAAGUCCCCUGCACCAACAGAAAAGACAGAUCCAAUUCUGAUCCCAACGCAAACUCCCGAAGUAGUAGUUGUUGAAGACGAUAUCGUCCCAUGCAAUGAUGGAGAGAAGUUCAAGGACCAUAAGUGCGUAAAUAGCAGCUACGAUAUGCCAUGGAGAUCUCAGGCGGAGGGCAAGGGUUUAUUCUUUGCGAAGAUGUUCUUGUACCCAGAUGCUGAAUACGAUGAGCCGUUUGUUCAUCCACCUGUUCUGGCUAGCAACGAAACCGUGUUCAUUGGUGUUCAACUUAUGGGAGGGCCUCCAGCGACAACCCUCUCAGUAAAAAGUUGCUGGGCGUCCAACAUGUAUCACUCUCCGCUAGAACUAUCUUCAACGAAGAAAGCUGAUGAAAUUACGUUGGACCUGAUCAAAAACAGCUGCGCGUCGCCGUAUCCGGAGGGAUUGGUGUCAAUAAUUACCAACGGCGAGGACAACAUUGCCAAGUUUACGAGUGGUGUUUUCAAAUUCGUUGACUACGACACUGCAUAUUUAUAUUGCCGCAUACGAAUUUGUCCUACUGGCCCUUGUCCAACAGAUUGCUCCUCGUCUGAACGUGAAAGGCGAGAUUCUGAUGAGCCCGUUUUCGAGGCGCUUGUUCAAAGCUCCGAUCCCUACAAAAUCGAUUCCGGGCCAUUGCUGGGCGCAACGAUUUACCGAGAACCGAACAGAGAGUCGGAAGUGGAAGUCGUUGAAAUAGAAGUUCUCGAUGGGAAACCGGAGGCGGAAAUAGAAGAUCGAUUCGCAUUCGGAAACAUUUUACGCGACGCUACUCUAAAACAAGGAACGGCUUUCAAAUGCAUAGAAGUUCAAUUUGAAAAAUAA